UCUCCGGUCAGCGGUGUCUUUAAAGGCUCCGGCAGAGCGAAUGGACGAGAACCUCACCACCGGUAGCAGACGUUAAUACCAUGCCGACGAGUGAUGGCCCCAGCCACUUUCCGGUCUUUGUGGCUCCGCCCCACGGCAACCACCAGAGGUCUCCAGGUUAUGUCCCCGGGCGGGUGGCUCCAGUCCGCUCGCCGCCACCUGCCAAAGCUCCACCGCCUCCACCGAUGAAACCUCACGGACCCCCGCCAGAGCGACGAGCCACCUUCAACCUGUCAGAGGAGAACCAGCGAAGGGAGCGCGCUCAGAGCCUCCAGCAACGAAAGAACACAUUUAUCUGUUUUGGAGUGUCGAUCGGGGCUUUCUUCUUCACCCUCAUCCUCGUCUUUAGUCUCUCAAGCGGAGAUGUGUUAGACGAGAAUUGUCCGGACCACAAUCUAUUACUUAGAAGCUGGAACCCGGGCCACCAACCAGGGAAGGAUGGUAUUGUCAGGAGGGGACAUUUGUUUAAAUUGGAUGCUUCUGCCACCUUCAAUACACUAACCAUCCAGUCAGGAGGUCAGGUAGUUUUCGCAGACAACGCUGACGGCUCCAAAAACAUAACCUUGAGAACACGUCACAUCCUUAUAGAAGAUGGCGGCGCCCUUCACAUCGGUGCUCCCAAAUGCCGUUACCGUUCUCGUGCCACCAUUGCCCUUGUGGGCCGCUCGGACGACAAGGCAGUCCCUGAAGUGCCUGACUUCGGCCGCAAGUUCAUAGGAGUCAUGAGAGGUGGGACUCUGGAGCUACAUGGUACUGAGAGAGUUUCCUGGUCUCUGCUGACCCGAACUGUCCCGGCCUCCGGCCUGACCACAGGGGGUUAUGCCUUCCAACGGAACUUCAGCAGGGGCAUCAACCUGCGCGUUGUCGACCAGGACACCGCUGCGAGGCUGUUCUCUGAACGCUACGACACGCACGAGUCUCGUAAUGACAGCCGCCGGCUCACCCAGCUGCUGCGGACCCUGCCAGUGGGCCGCAUUGUCACACUGGCUGUAGGAGACUCUGCUGUCAAAAGUCUUCUGGAUGAAACAAAGAAGGCCAUUGAAGAAAGGCUCGGCAGUAGAUUCGUCUAUGAUCUCAAAUACAGACAGGCGUGGGCUUUGGUCUCCGUGGUAGGUGGUGGUAAUGCAUCCUGCUCAGAGGACGUUAGGGAACAUGAAAACCACGACACAGGAGGGAGAGCUCUGGCAAAAAGAAACUUCACCACUGUGGAUGGAGUAGGCUUCUCGGUCACUGCCUACAGCGAGUGGAAGAAUGGUUUUCCCAUCUCAGGCUUCCAUGUGGAUGCUGUGGACCAGGUGGUGCUGAACCUGCAGGACAAAGUGCAGCAGACUUGGCAACCUGGGGAUCAGAUUGUAGUUGCCAGCACAGACUACUCCAUGCACCAGGCAGAAGAGUUUACCUUGUUGCCCUGCUCUCACUGCCGCAGCAGGCAGGUCAGGAUACAAG